AAACCAUUACAUGCGUCAUCUCGCUAUGCACUUUCUUUUUCGGGGCAAGAGUUGCCUCAUGGUACUUUGCUAUCUCUCAAUUCUACCUAUGGGUUCCUCUAUGUACUUCAAUCUUGCUUCUCGGAACGUCCUGAUCAAAAUAGCCAAUCACUUAAAAUGUUACAAGUACAAAACAGAGUAAUGGGAAAUAUAUGCAGUGGAGCGUUCUAGUAUUUGAGACACUGUGAUGAAACAUGACUCUGAGUUGGGGUGAGGAGUGUCGGGCAAAGGUGCCUGGAAUGGAACCCUGCUUUCGGAGCCCAAACGUCAACUGGUCGGGUAGGCUUCGGCGGAGUGUUUACAAAGGAAGAAAAUAUUGUUAGAACCUGACAGCUCAGCUAAGGGACUAUUCAUGCUUUAAAUUUGUUUUCACAACGCGCGUAAUGAUGUCAAAUCAACCAAAGGAUCCAGCCUCUCUAUGGAAAGCAUCCAGCAAGAAAAACAUCAAGAAGCUUCGAGCCAUCAGCACGGUGUGUGGCCUGGCAAAAAGUUGGCAGCAGUGGAUAUCAGAGAAUGAGAAGAAGCAGGCUGCAGAACCGAGUGGAUGGUGUCCAACGCAGGGAGACUCGGCAGAGGAAUCCCAAAAGACUUGGACGGAUAAGAAAUCCAUCUCCAGUCAGAAGACGGAGGAUGUUCUCUCUCACGUGGUUGCUUCCAAAGGAUUAUCUGACCCACCAGAUUUGCCUGAAGAUAGAACCCAGAUUGAAAACAAUUCUGAGGUAGCGAUGAUUACCUCCUCGAUGAAGAUGACGCUGGUCAAGAUGAAUGUUACCGACGGGCAUCAAAAUAGAAGUCUAGGAGUUAAGUUACUGACAAAGAGAAGUGAGAAAGGAGGAUCAGGUGAAGAUGCAGAGAAGUUCCUAGAGACUAAAAGCUCUUCUACGUUCCACACAAAGUCUUCCGAUGUGGUCUUACCACUCGUCCCAACUGAGAUUCAGGUGGAAAAUGAGCAAGAACCCGCAAAAGAAGAUGAUUUGAAACAAGAGCAGAAUCUUGAUCCUAAGGAGGAUAGUGGACUUUCUGAGUUAGGAAAGGAAACACUAAACAUAGACGAUGAAGCACCACCGAGUAGUUCAAGAAAAGUCUGUGACGAAGAGUCAACAGUGAAAAUCAAACGUCCGCAAAUCGCAUCGUUGGGAAAGGAAGCUGUGGAUGCCAAUAAGAUCAAUGCUCUCUCCAAGAAAUACAGUCCUGUUGGGAAUCUCAAGAGACGCUGGCAAAACUGGGCUUCGGAACACACUGAAAACCAGAAACUGAACCCCUUCAGUGAAAACUUUGACUACGAAUACUCCAUGUCCCUCCGCCUCCAAAAAGGUCAAGACGGAUACGGACGCCCUAAGGAGGGCACCAAAACAGCCGAGAGAGCCAAACGUGCUGAGAAACACAUCCAUGGAGAGAUCUCAGAUAUGUGUUACGUGAUCAGAACUAUGGCUAAUCCGGAUCGAGACGGAAAGACACGGGUUACGUUUGGAGAACUGUUUGACAGAUAUGUUCGUAUCUCUGAUAAGGUGGUGGGGAUUCUAAUGAGAGCUCGAAAACACGGGAAGGUCCACUUUGAAGGGGAAAUGUUGUGGCAAGGACAAGACGACGGAGUGAUCAUCACACUGUUAGUGUGAUAACGCUUUGAUCCGGUACUAGCAUAAGAAAGAUGCAACGCUAUUGUCAGAUUGUUGGGCAGCCACCCCCCAAAAAAUGGCAGGUUUGCAUUUCCAAUCACAAAAGUAGGGACUACCAGAUACUUCUAGCAUGGUUUUAGGGGUUCCAAGUUAAAUGAGCAGAUAGCCUAGCUUCACCAAGGGUGAUGCUAAAGUAUAUCCACAGGGGGGACUAAUUCCACAGUUGAUAACUGGCAGAUAGAAUUUUAACUGUUUUGAAAAAAUCUCAAAGGUUAUAUCAUAGAUAUUGAAUGAUGUGCAUUGUGUUGUUCAGUUUUGUCAUUUGACAUUGAGUGUUUAAAGAUUAGUUUGUGUUUGUUUGGGGCUUUCGGUCUCACCUGUGAAAACGCUCCAUGAUACGUGGUGAUGUCAUAGAGUUGUUAAAAGAUAAGUCAGUGUCAAACAAAAAAAAUGCAGGCAGGGCAGGUUGGACAUGUAUAAGAAUUCAAAACAUACUUGAAACUUUUUUGGAAUACUUAAGAUCCUCCUCCACUCAUUUUAAUGCCCACAUCUACUUAAAGGAAGGGCCAGUGCAAAAGGUGGGCAUAAAAGUAAAAUCAACCAGUGUAACCUGGAAGGCUAA